AUGAUCAACAUUUUGAAGAGUACUUUAGAGGAUCUUGAUACUCUUCAAAGGGAAAUCGCAAACUUUAUGGAUUUCUUGAUUAGCAUACAGGACAUUGUGGCUACGGUCAAAGACGGUGAUGACCGUGUCUUAAUAAAAGACCUUACCGCGAAAGACAUUGACGACAUGAACGACGACCCACAGUUAAAGAAAGACUAUCUUCGAGAUGUUUCCCUCAUGAAGGAGAGACUUUCCAUCGCAUCCAGGGCAACAGAACUAUACAAUGAGCUAUCGGAUAAGUUCUUAGUUCCUGCCAUCGACUGGGUGGGGAGAUUGUCCACUCUCAACUUAUCUGAUGAGGCUUAUGGAAAAAUGAAGCUUCAAAUCAAUGCUAAACGAUCAGAGUUGUCCGAAGGAGCUAAGCAGUUGAUUAUGAAGCGUGUUGAUGAAAUUGGCAUUGCACUUAAGGUCCACGAUCCUCAGUCGACUGCGGUGCCCCAGGCAAAUGUGACUGAAGUUGUGGAGGACACGUCAGAGGAGUUCGAGGAGCUUGUUAACGCCUGA